UGAUAAUACUACCAUUAGUAAUUGUUGAAUUUCGAAAUAUUUACUUAAAAGAUUGCAAAGAAAUAUAAUACUUUCAAUAAUCUCAAAACAGAUAUUCUAAGUCAUAGCAUAUUGUGAUAGCAUUAGUGUGAGCAUUAUAAAUGUUUAUCUUCGGUGUAUCUUUAAGUCUAUUUACUUUUUGUCUGAUCAAACAUUGAGACCACAAUUACCGCAAAUACUAUUAUUAUUCAAUUUCUGGAUCGAAAUAUAAAAAGAUAACAUAAAUAUUUAUCAAUUUUCACACAAAAAAAAUGGAUACCCAUUAUAUCGAAACGAAAAACUGCCACAAGAGUCGACCUCAAUUUCUGUACAAUCUUAUUAGCUUUCGUUAUUAACUUAACAAUCAUAAUAUGCCUAAUUAUCGUCGAUCCUGAAAGUUUGGAGGUUAAUUUUCGCAUUAUCGAUAUGGUAACAUGUGUUCCUUGGAUCUUUCUAUCAUGGACGUUCACGAAAAUGGUCGAUUUAAAUAAUCCCGACAAUGAAUAUUCUGCUAUUAAUUCAAUGCAAGGUUUGGAUUAUGGAACAGCAAUGGCGUACAGUUAUUAUUACGGAUAUUUGAAACUUGUGCUUCCCUCGACGGGAACCCAAAGCAAGGGUCUCAUCGAGAAAAUAGAAAACAUCGAAGACCAACAUAAUAUAACCAUAGCUGUUCAUAAACUGUUAAUUUUGAUUCCUUCAUCGUUGUAUAUUCCGCCAGAUUUGAAAGAUAUCUCGAAUCGAUGGAUGGAAAGUGCAAUCGAUUUGGAAGCAGAAAUUCGUGAUCGAGCGGGAACCAAAAGACGACAAUAUCACAACAAUGUUUACAAAAUUUAUUUCAAUGGGGAAAGAUUUACUUCGGAACCUCUGUACGUGAUUGUAGAAGGCGCCACGCCUCUGUUGACUUUCUUCGAGGUUCAAAAACACAAUCACCCCGAAACGAAAUUGUAUCGGAAAUUUUAUAAAAAUAUCGUGAAAAAUUUUCAUGAUAAACUUAAAGAAUUGUUAGAUAAUGACCCAGAAUGUUCCGAGCUAUGCGAAUUAAUUUAUUACGAUGACUAUGAUGAUAAAAAUAAUAAAGUUAAUGUUGCCAAAAUUAUUUGGAACAGGAUUUCUAAUUCUAAGGUUGAAUAA